ACGCCAUAUUUGGCUUUUGGGGGUGGAAGCUCAACAUGAGUUUUUUCGGGUUUGGUUCUGGAGCAGACAUCGAUAUCAUACUCGAUGGCGCUGAUUCCCGCAAGCAGGCAGAGAUCAAAACAGAGGAAGGCAGGAAAGAGAAACAUUCCCUGUACUACGAUGGGGAGUCUGUCUCAGGAAAGGUGAAUGUCACGAUGAAAAAGCCUGGCACGAAACUUGAACACCAGGGUGUGAAAAUCGAAUUUAUUGGUCAAAUAGAGCUGUACUAUGACAGAGGAAACCACCAUGAGUUCUCAUCGAUAGUGAAAGAACUAGCACGGCCAGGAGAAUUAAUGCAGAAUGCAACAUACUCAUUUGAAUUUGUUCAAGUAGAAAAGCCAUAUGAGUCGUACACUGGAGCGAAUGUCAAGUUAAGGUACUUUCUCCGAGUAACGCUAGUGAAGCGCAUCAGUGAUUUAGUGAAAGAGAGGGAUAUCAUAGUUCACACGCUAUCUACAUACCCAGAAAUGAACAAUAGUAUCAAAAUGGAGGUGGGAAUAGAGGAAAGUCUGCAUAUCGAAUUUGAAUACAACAAAUCCAAAUACCACUUGAAGGACGUCAUUGUGGGAAAGAUUUACUUUCUUCUCGUGCGAAUUAAAAUCAAGCACAUGGAAUUGGCUAUUAUAAAGCGUGAAACUACAGGCUCAGGUCCAAACACAUUCAAUGAUAAUGAGACGAUAGCGAAGUAUGAAAUUAUGGAUGGAGCACCGGUGCGUGGAGAGUCUAUCCCCAUUCGUCUCUUUCUUAGUGGCUAUGACCUUACUCCUACGAUGAGAGAUAUCAACAAGAAGUUCUCUGUCAAAUACUAUUUGAACCUCGUUCUUGUUGAUGAAGAGGAGAGACGAUAUUUCAAGCAGCAGGAAAUUGUUUUAUGGAGAAAGGGGGAAAAGGUACGCAGACAGAUCCAGCAGCCUGCCUCAGUACCCAGCACGAUCUCCAAUGUUGCCUCACCAGAAGAAACUUCUCCUACAGCCAACGAUGUUGAAAAGUGACCAGUCUUCUACUAUAGAAACACAUGGCAAUCCAUCAUAUGCACCUGCUGCAGUGGUGAAGCUAAAGUCAUGUAAAUUGUGAAAUAUUAGUGCAAGAGAAAGUGAUGUGCACAUGCACGUUCACACAUAUGGACACACGCACAUGCGUGUGCAUGCCCACAUGCACUCAUCCACACAGAGACAAACAUGGACAUGCACACGCACGCAUACAUCCACACAGAGACAAACAUGGACAUGCACACGCACGCAUACAUCCACACAGAGACAAACAUGGACAUGCACAUGUACGCACACAUCCACACAGAGA